AUGGGUGAAGUCAGUGCUAAUAAUUUUUUUGAAUCACAAACUAUAAUAGCUGACCACAAGGAUCUAAUUCACGAUGUCGCAUUUGAUUUCUAUGGAGAAAGAAUGGCUACUUGUUCAAGUGAUCAGUAUGUGAAGGUAUGGGAUGCAGAUGGCCAAGGAGGGUGGCGAUUGACAGCAAGCUGGAAGGCUCACCACGGCUCAGUGUGGAAAGUAACUUGGGCCCAUCCUGAGUUUGGACAAGUUCUAGCAACAUGCUCUUUUGAUAGGACAGCUGCUAUUUGGGAAGAAGUUGGAGACAUAACAGCUUCGGGAUCAGAAAAAGGUCUUCGGACAUGGGUAAAAAGAUCAAAUUUAGUUGAUUCAAGAACUUCAGUGACCGAUGUCAAAUUUGGGCCCAAGCAUUUAGGUUUACUAUUGGUUACUUGUUCUGCUGAUGGUAUUAUUAGGAUAUAUGAAGCACCAGAUGUUAUGAACCUUGCACAGUGGACCUUACAACAUGAAAUGCCUACAAAAGUCUCCAUUAGUUGUCUUUCUUGGAAUCCUUCUUUAUCCAGGGUAAAUUCAAAUCCUCCGAUGCUGGCUGUUGGGAGUGAUGAACCCAAUUUGGCAAAUGCAAAUUCACAGACUGAUAAAAAUUGUAAUGGAAAAGUCUUUAUUUAUGAGCACAGCGAGUCCAGUCGACGAUGGGCCAAGACCGAGUGCCUUGCUUCGGUAGUGGAGCCAGUUAAUGACCUCGCGUUCGCCCCGAAUCUAGGCCGGUCCUUCCAUCUCUUAGCAGUCGCUACGAAAGACGUCCGUAUUAUCAAAAUGGAGCCUCUGCCUGAGCCUACAAGCAACAGUAAUGGGUGUGGGGUCAGAUUCCGUAGUGAAGUAUUGGCUGCCUUCGAUGACCACAGUUCAUGUGUUUGGAGAGUUUCGUGGAACGUCACUGGAACGUUACUCGCUUCAUCAGGGGAUGACUGCUGCGUACGACUCUGGAAAAUGCAAUACCUCAACCAAUGGCGUUGUUGCGCCGUAUUUAAGAACGAGUCGAGCGGUAACGAAUCCCCGGCGAGGACGCGACCUCGCACCACGUACACACGUCUUGCUGCCAUCACAAACCCUACGCAUAUGCCGCAUCACUGA